AUGUUGGAUAUAGAAGAAGGAAACCAAACAGUCAUCACAGAAUUCAUCCUCUUGGGAUUUGGGAAUCUUCCUGAGCUGCAGCCUUUUCUUUUCUUGCUCUUCCUGAUGGUUUAUAUUGUGACAACAGCUGGGAACCUGCUGAUCUUUUUUCUGGUCGUGGCAGAUCAGCACCUGCACACCCCCAUGUACUUCUUCCUGGGGAAUUUGUCCUGCCUGGAGACUUGCUAUAGCUCAAUCAUCGUGCCCAAAAUGCUGGCCGAUUUGCUAAGCGGUGUCGGUUCCAUUUCUGUUAGCGGAUGCAUAGCCCAGUUUUAUUUCUUUGGCUGCUGUGUAGCUAUAGAAACUCUUCUCUUGGCAGCAAUGUCCUACGACCGCUAUCUGCGUGCAAAUGUUAUCUACAUGAUCUCCCGGCAGGUGCAAAAUAGGGCAAAUCAAACCAUGAUCACAGAAUUCCUUCUCCUGGGGUUUGAGGGUGGUCAGAAUCUGCAAACUGUUCUCCUGUUGCUGUUUUUGGUGAUUUACAUUGUGACCAUCUGUGGGAACCUCAUCAUCAUUCUUCUUGUUGUGUCUGAUCAGCACCUUCACACACCCAUGUAUUACUUCCUAGGUAACUUGUCUUGCUUGGAGACCUUCUACAGUUCCACCAUCAUGCCCAGGAUGCUCUAUAGUCUCUUUACAGGGGACAGGUCCAUUUCAGUCACUAGUUGUGUCACACAGUUUUAUAUUUUUGGCAUACUUGUUACUACAGAGUGUUAUCUCCUGGCCGCAAUGUCCUUUGAUCGUUACUUAGCCAUAUGCAAGCCAUUGCAUUAUACUACCCAAAUGACAGGCAGAUUGUGUCAUCAACUGGCUGCUGGUUCCUGGGUGAGUGGGGGUUUAGCUUCCACCAUAACCACAUCUUUCAUGUCCCAGUUAGUCUUUUGUGGCCCUAAUGAGAUUGACCACUUCUUUUGUGAUCUUGGCCCAGUCAUCGACUUGUCUUGCAGUAAUACACAUAUAAUAGACAGCUCAGUUUUAAUAUUGUCAUCACUGUGUACCUUUCCUCCUUUGCUGUUGACGUUGGCAUCCUAUGUUUGCAUCAUCACCGCCAUCCUGAAGAUCUCGUCACGUUCUGGCAGGCAGAAGGUUUUCUCUACUUGCUCCUCUCACCUCACAAUGGUGACAGUUUUCUAUGGGACACUGAUUGUAGUCUACAUUGUACCCAAGACAAGCACCCUGAGAGACCUGAACAAAGUUUUUUCUCUCCUGUACACCAUAUUGACUCCCCUUCUCAAUCCCAUCAUAUAUAGCUUAAGAAACAAUGAUGUCAAGGAGGCAAUUAAAAGGGGUUCCAGGAAAUUUGCAAUUCAUACAGGAAUUUAG